AGCGUAUGUUUUAAUGCGUGAUAUAUACAUUUUUGAUAAUGGCAAGCAAAUUUAUAAUACAAUAUGCCAUUAAUUACAACUUGAAUCAUUUAAAUCAUAAUUUUUUAAAAAAUAUUUUCUAUGUAACAAACAGAAAGUAUGCAUCAACACUAUAUAUUUCUGGUAGAAACGCCAACAAAACUUUUUCAUUUAUUUCACCUUAUUUAGACUUUGAUGAACGUUUUGAUGAUAUCGAUAAAUUGCAGAGAGAAUUAAAAUUGCGUAAACUUAAUAUGGAUGCAAUAGAAAUGAAAAAAGCAUGGGACUUUUAUAAAACUAUUGAAGCAAAUAAUAUAACUCUAGAAAUUAGAAGGAAAGAGGUUUCAUCAGAAAUAAUAUCAUUACGAGAAAAGAAAGAAAAAACUUCUGAAGAUGAGCAACAAUUAGCAAACUUACUUUUGCAGGCUAAAAUAAUUAAGCAAGAUAUAAAAGCUGUUAAAGAAUUGCAAUGGGAUCUAGAUGAAAGUAUUAUAGAAAAAUUGUUAAAGUUACCAAAUAAAUUACAUGAAAGAACACCACCAGAAACACCUGUAAUAUUACAAAAUAUUGGAAGGUUAUGUGUUUUACCAGAAAAUAAUAGAAAAAGUCAUAUUGAAAUAGGGAAAUUACUUAAUCUAAUUGAAUAUAAAAAUCCAAUGACUUAUUAUUUAUUAAAUGAUGCAGCUUUAUUUGAAUACAGAUUAUUAAAUUUAGCUGGAAAAAUACUUAGUGAUAACAAUUUAAUCAGGAUUACAGGAUCAGAUUUUUGUCGUAGUAUAUUAGUUGAAGGUUCUAGUUUAAAUCACGAAGAUCCUAUAGAGACUUUUAUAUUAGAAAAUACUAAUGAAUUCGAUAGAGAUUUAUUAAAUCAUAUGCAUUUAGUUGGUGGGGCAAGUUUAACAUCUAUGCUAGGAAUUCAUGCAAAACAGUUAAUAAUGCCACAAUAUUUUCCAAUAAAAUAUUAUUCAGUUGGUAGACAAUAUAAACCGAUUCCUAAAGAAACCACAUUAUCUGGUUUAUUUACUGUUUGUCAAGCAUCGGCUAUACAUAUCUUCUUAAUGAUAAACGAUACAGAAUCUAUAAGAUGCACAACCGAAUUUGAAAAGAUGUUAGAAAUUAUUUGUGAAUUUUAUAAUAAUAUUACGGAUCAUUAUCGGGUCGUUAUGCGAUCGGCACCAGAAUUACAAAUAUGUGAAGAAAUGAGAAUAUCUUUUGAAUUAUGGUCAUCUUUCUCUGAACAAUACAUCGAAGUUGGCCAUAUUUCAAUGUAUGGCAAAUAUUUUAGUAAGAGAUUAUUAAUAGGAUAUGAAACAACAGAAGGUAAAGAAUUUCCUUCGAUCAUAUCUGGUACAAUGCUCUCUGUACCUCGAAUAUUAGGAUGUUUGCUGGAAGAAAAUCCUAACAAACUUAUAAUACCUUGAAAAAAUCUUUGAAUAAAUAGAUAUUUAUCAUCCAAUAGAUACAGAUUAAAUUAAAAAGAAACCAUUUUAAAUAAUUAAGAUAUUGGCACCUAGAAAGUAUGAAAUUAUUCAUUAUAUGUUAUAUUGUAAUUAAAUGUAAAAGAAAAUAAAAUUUAUUAGGAAAUUAACAUAAGACUGCUCAUUAUUGCCUUCCAUGCGAAGUGUAUGUGACUUCAGCGACAAAUGUAGACAAAAUAUGAACUACGAGUGCAAGUUGAGAAUACUGACUCCAUCAUGCGCUUAUCAGAUUCGUUUCACAAGUUUAUAGAAAAUAAUAAAUAUAAUUGAUACAUAUAAUAAUUAUGUAUAAUAAAUAAAUAAUAAAUUUG